UCAUCAUAUUUAUGCAUGUGUUGCUCUUUCAGUUUAUAUGCUUCUUUAUUUGAUAUUUGCUUUGCAUAUACAUGUUAUCAAAUUACAGAAUGGCUAAUAGGGAGAUUUGGAAGAGUUUCAGAACAUUGUUAGUUGUAAUUUCCGUAACCUUUUCCAUUUUAAUCGUAUUUUUUGCCAUAUACCAAAACUCAAUCUUUGAUAUCCCCAAAGAUUAUAAUGUAUUGAUUGAAAGAAUUCAGGAUACAACUACUAAUAUACAAAAGACUCGAAAUACUAUUACAAUCCGAGACGGGGAAGAAAAGAAUUCCUAUAUUAGUGAGCCGGUUGCAGAUAAAGAUUUAGAGAAUAAUGCAUUUAAAGAUACAAAGAAUAAUUUAUCUCUAUCUACUACUGUUGUUAAUGACAAACUACUCAAUGGACUUCUAAGUUCCUCAUUUGAAGAAGCAUCGUGCAUUAGUAGGUUUCAGUCUUAUUUGUAUCAAAAAAUUUCUCCUUACAAACCUUCUAAAUAUUUGAUAUCCAAGUUACGAAACUAUGAACAUCUUCAUCAAAGUUGUGGACCUUAUACUAAAUCCUACAAUGAAAUUAUAAAGGAGGGUGCAAAAGUUAGCGAAAAUGGUGUUGAUUCAAAAUGCAAAUAUUUUAUCUGGACAGUUGAAGAUGGCUUAGGAAACAGGAUGAUAUCCAUGGUUUCAGCAUUUCUUUAUGCAAUCCUUACCGACCGUGUUCUUCUUGUUAGAUUUGGUGAUGAUAUGUUGAAUCUCUUUUGCGAGCCAUUUCCUAAUUCUUCAUGGUUGUUGCCCAAGAAUUCUCCUUAUUGGAAUAAUUUGAAACAAUUUGAAACACACAAAAUCAUCUUUAUUGAUAACAAGGAAAACAAUUCACGAGAGCUUUUGCAACCAGCUCUUGUUAUUAAUUUAAGGCACACCCAUGCUGGCCCUACUAAUCGGUUUCAUUGUGAUAAAAAUCAACAUCAUCUACAAAAGAUUCCCGUACUCAUUCUACAGUCAAAUGAAUAUUUUGUCCCUACUCUUUAUAUGGUGUCCUCAUUUAGAGAAGACUUCAACAAAAUGUUUCCUGACAAAGAUACUAUUUUCCAUCAUCUUGGACGCUACCUUUUUCAACCAUCAAAUGUUGCAUGGGAACGAAUUCGAAAUUUAUACGAGGAGCACUUGGCUAAGGAAAAUGAAAGGAUUGGCUUGCAGAUUAGAGUAUUUAAUACUCGUCAAGCACCACCACAAACCGUUAUCGAUGAAAUUAUAUCUUGCAUCCAUCAAAAUAAGUUGCUACCAAAAUUCAACAUGCAUAACUUAACGACUCUUUCUUUGAAAAAUAAUACCUCAAAAGUUGUUCUAGUUGUAUCUUUAUACUCAAAAUAUGGUGAAGGGUUAAAGAGGCUAUAUCAAAAUAAUACAACUUUGAGUAGAGAAGUAAUAAAAGUAUAUCAGCCAAGUCAUGAAGAGCAUCAAAAUUCACGUAAUAGCAUGCACAACAUUAAGGCAUGGACUGACAUAUAUUUGUUGAGUUUGUGCAAUUCAUUGGUUACAAGCACCUUUUCCACUUUUGGGUACGUUGCUAGUAGUCUUGCAGGUUUGAAGCCACUGAUUUUGAAAAAUGUAUAUGGUAAAAAAGUUCCGAAUCCACCUUGUGAACAAGUCAAGUAUAUGGAGCCUUGUUUCCUUGAUCCUCCCAUAUAUGAUUGUAGGACCAAUACCAAAAUCGAUUAUACAUCUGUAUUUCUUAAUAUGAAACACUGCGAAGAUCAUGCAAAAGGAAUAAAGAUGAUUAAUAUUUGAGC